AUGUCAUCUAAACCAACAGAUUCUCCAAUUGUAAGUACAACAACAUCUGCAACCAUAACAUCAUCAACAACCACCAGUCCAAAAUGUCAAAAAAAAGACAAUAAAGUUAUGGUUUAUCUUGAUCCUAGUGUUAAUGCUGCAAAUGUACCAAAUCCUGCUAUUGCUGGAUCUAAAACUGGAACACCAUGUCCUGAAUGUGCAAAUACUCAAUACUUUGAUCCUGCUGCAGCUGAUACUUUUGCUGGUACUGAUGCUAUCAACACAUAUCAAUGUCCAGAUGCUCAACCAUUAUGUAUUUGUGAUACAAGUAAAUGUUACAAAGAAACAGAUAAAUCAGUUUCAGUUUCUCUUUAUCCAUACUGUACUACAGCUGCUGAUUGUAAUGCUUACGCUAUUCUUUCAGCACAACAAGAUACAAUGGGAGUUGGUGGUGCUACUGGUGGUCCAGUAUGGACACCUGAUGGUACACUUGAUGCAAAUUUCAAUUUUCUUCCUGUUUCAAGUGGUAAAUUUAUGAAAGUUAGUGCAAUUGGUUGUGGAACAUGUCCAGUACCUUUAGAUAGUCCUUCUUGUUUACCAACAACUCUUACAAUGGCCUAA